AUGGCAGUGAAACUCGCAGUUCUCCUCGCCGCGUUGGGUGUUUGCAAGGGAGAGACAGAUGUACGCAAGGCGUUCGAAGACUUUGUCGCCAAGUACCACAAGAGCUAUGACUCUGAAGAGGAGCAAGAAAGCCGUUUCCAGAUCUUCGCUGAAAAUCUGCGACAGAUCGAGAAGCACAACAAAGAGGGACACAGCUAUCAGCUGGGUGUCACGGAAUUCGCAGACAAGAAGCAGGAGGAAUUCACCGUCGACCACGUUGGAUGCAUGACCAAGAACCAGAAGCCUUGGUCGUCCUUGCCUUACCUUGGACGUGAGGAGUUCGACGAGGAGGUUACCUUGCCCAAAUCCUUGGAUUGGUCAAAGAAAGGCGCUGUGACGGAUGUGAAGAAUCAGGGCCGCUGUGGAAGCUGCUGGUCGUUUUCAACCACUGGAGCCUUGGAGGGUGCCUGGAAGAUUUCCAGCGGACAGUUGGUGUCCCUCAGCGAACAGCAGCUGGUGGACUGUGCAAAGAAUGGAAACAUGGGAUGCCAGGGAGGUUCCAUGGAUUUGGCCUUUGAAUACUUGGAGAAGCACAGCGUGUGCAAGGAGAACAGCUAUCCUUACCUCGCGAAGCAAGGCACCUGCCACGAGUCCAACUGCUCUGUGGCAGUGCCGAAGGGGUCCAUCGUGGGCUUCAAAGACGUGGACUCACAAAACAUGAAGGCCUUAAUGCAGGCCGUGUCCAAGCAGCCCGUCUCGGUAGCCAUCGAAGCAGAUCAAAUGGCCUUCCAGCUCUACAAAGGCGGCAUCUUGAGUCAGAAGUGCGGUAAGAAGUUGGACCAUGGCGUGCUGCUGGUGGGCUACGGCACUGAGAAUGGCAUGGACUACUGGAAGGUGAAGAACAGUUGGGGAGCUGACUGGGGGGAGAAUGGCUACAUUCGUUUGAAGCGAGGCGUCCCCAAGGAUGGCGAGUGUGGCAUCAAGGAUCAGCCCUCUUAUCCAAUUGUGAAGUCCAAGGAGGCUGAGCUCGUGGUUUGUGAUACUCCCUUGCAUCACGGUGUCUCCGAAGGAAAUGCUGAGGUGGUCCGACUCCUUCUGGACAAACGUGCCGACUUGCAUGCGAAGGAGAAGUUUGUCGGUGGAACACCGUUGCACCAUGCAGCUCUACAUGGACGUUUGGACGUGGUGAAGGUGUUGCUGCAGCGAAAGCCCAACCUGGAGGCGGAGAAUCGCAAAGGUCAAACUCCGCUGCAUGUGGCGGCCUUGUAUAGUCAGUUGGAAACUGCUCACUUGUUGCUGGACAGCGGCGCCAAUGCCAAAGCCAUUGAUGCACAAGGAAACACCCCGGCGGGCUUGGCCAAAAAGACCGGGCACCGGGAUAUGGAAGACGUGAUCUUGGAGGCUGCGUGA